AUGUUCUUCGCAUUUGACUCUGAUACUUCGAGUUCCCCCUACGACUCUCUUUCGAACUUGUGCACUAUUCUUGUUAUUGCAGAGGAAGCAUCAGAUGUUCCGCUUCAGCCGUUGUUUCACACUAUUAGUGGGGCCUUACAGAAAGGAAGAGGAGAUGGCGAUGUUGUGGUGAUGGCUGCACGAGCGUUGGGACUUCUUCUUGAUAAGUUCUCACGGUGUUUUUCUCACUCUGAGAAGGACAAAGUAUCAAAGAUAGUGAAAAAUUGCUUUGAGAAUGUGUUUUCAUGGGUAAAAAAACGUGAAGUAAAUCUUAAACAUGAAAAAACUACUGUGAGAGAAUUAAAAGAGGAGUUACUAAAUUGUCUUUCCCUUGCUGGUAAUUGUUCGGGAAUAUCAUCUGUGGUUCCAUCCACAGAAGAGCAAUUAAAGUUCUGUUUUAACGCAUUAGAUGGUUCAAAGUGGACCUCUUGCAAAGUACUGCAAUACUGUAUAGGACUCAUUCGUCGGGGUGAAUUAAAAGAUACUGGUGAUCAUAAAGUGGUGGAACAGUUACUACAUCAUCAUUUAUCAUCAUUAUGCCAUCUUGAUAUUGAUCAUGAAUGGGAUGAACUCUUACGUAUUGUUGUAGAAGGAAUUAUCACAUACCGCAUUUGGCGUGAAAAGAGUAUGAAUACCACCUUACCAAAGAUUGGAAGGAAACGUCAACGACGAGAAGAAGAAAAUAUGAUACGAAAUAAUAAUACUUUUUCUAAUGAAACAUCCAUGAAAAGCAUGGAAACCUCCUUACUUGCUAUAGGGGAACGUAUUUUUACUAGUGGAUCUGCAGAAUCGCGUCUUCAACUUACAUUGGCAUGUAUUGCAAGUGUGAUGGAAACAUCUUCUUCUCCUUUAGAGAGAAAUAAAAAAGAAUUUGAAUGGCUUUGUAAGUUACUUCAGCAUACCGCUACACGUAGUGCUGGAUAUUCAAGUCCUUUUGCAUAUACUCGUGAAAAGACAAGUAAAAGGGAUCAAUUAUGGGUAGACACUUUUCAAGCUUUACCAAAUUUACAAUGGAUAGUUCCCCCAUUAGUAUGGAGUGCAUUAAUAGUAUUAUCUAAACUUUGUGGUGCAAACUUUGGUUUUCGUAAAGAAUAUAUGUGGGCUUGGCGUGGUGAUGGUGGUGAAUACUAUCCUUACUCUAGAGCAGUUAGACAACAAUUGACAUCAAUGUUUUUUUCCGCACAAACAUCAAGAAAAGUUUUACAAACACGUCAUAUAUUUGAUCUUGGUUCUAUGACUGAUACUAGUGCUUUAACAUUAGUGGUUUCACGAAUUCAUUUUCAACCAAUUCCUAGUGUUCUUACAUUUGACGGAAAACUAAUGAUGCCAGCGGAAUCCCUAAAAUUUAGUGAAGAGAUGUCAUCUUUACUUCAGGAAACACUUCGCUCCCUAUCAUUUGGUCAUACACAAGUUGCUACACUAGCUCGUGCUAUUCGUUUAUACGUUAUUUGCAGUGGAAUACCUGUUAACCGAGAUGAGGGAGUAGUGGCCGCCUUUCGAAGUCUUCACGCUGAGCAGAAACGUUCAGUUGUGGAAGAUAUUUCCGCCGUAUUACUGCAGCGGGAUAAACGAUGGGCCCCCAUCUUGUUGGAAGCUGGAGUGGCUGAUGCACUUACCCAAUUGCCAGUCUCUACUACCACAGCGGAUAAGACUACUUAUUCUACAGCAACUUCACAGAGAUCUCCUCCCUUGGUUGAACUUAUACGAUCAGCAGGAAGUUCACCUCAGUUAACUCCAAUAAAAUUACCGGAUUUGGUUGAUUUUCCAAGGUUUCUUCAACAUGCUUCAUCAGAGGAGAUGCUUUCAUUUAUUGAAGGACUGGAACAUGUUACACUAUCAGAAACUUCCCUUUUGGAAGUUUGUGGAAAGAUAAAAAAAGAUGCCGGAGUUAUCAGACGAAUGCGCUCUGCAACACAUACUUAUAUUCUUCGUGUUUUACAUCAAACAAGUGUGACUCAACAAGAAGGAAAAUCUUUAGUGAAUAGAGUAUGUGAUGCUUCUGAUGUUAUCAGCAUAUGUGCACCAGAGAAAAAUACAAGUAACUAUGCAAGAUGUCCUAAAGGUCAUCCUCUUCGGAUACACUUUAGUAUUAACUGGCGAUGUAAUCUAUGUAAUUCUUCAAAUGCGUUUGGUUCUCUUGCAUGUCGAGACUGUGAUUAUGAUUUGUGUUCCGAGUGUAGUAAUGCUAAACUUUCUCGAAUGGACGUUAGUAUGACAGCAGUUGUUGGAGAUAUAAUUCGAGGUUGGCGUGAAUGCCGAAGUAAAGAACAAGUAAGAGAGAACUCUUCGUCUGAAAAAAUAAACCAUACUGUUCUUUUUACUGCUAAAGGUAUACUUCCAAGUGGUUUUUCAGCGUCUACUCUUCGAGGAGAAGAAGUACAUUUUGCUGAAGUAGAUAAAAAAUGUGAAUGUGGUAUUUCUGUACCUUCUUCUAUUGCAAAUUUAAUGGAACAUAUUCCUUCCUAUAGUCCUUUAAAAAUUUUCCUACACACCUUUGAUGCACUUGAACAAUGGAAUGAUAUUGAACCUGCUAUUGUAGAUGCUUUGGAAUCAUGUGGUGCUGAAAUAUUUGAACGUGGCAUAACGGGUAUUCCUUUGCGUGUUAUUCAUGUAAUUCAAGCUAUAGCUCCGUAUAUAUCAUUAUCCUUUAAACGUGAUACAGCUCAUUUUCUUGCUGUUGGAUGCCGUCGAUUUGGAUUAUAUCACCUACAAGAUGUAAAUGCACGUGUACGUGGAAUGAUUGUAGGAGAUAUUAGCAGUAAUGGAUUGGCAACUAAAGUUUCUGUUAAAAGAGAAACUGAGGCGAUAACACAGACACUAUUUAAUACUUUUAUUCAGUAUCCAACUUUAAGAAAUAAGGUUGAGUUUAAUUUUGAAGGUGAAGAAGGUACUGGUGAGGGACCAACACAAGAACUUUAUGCAGAAGUUUCGAGACGUUACCGGGAUAUGACAAAAUUAUGGCAUGAACGUGAUGAUGGGUCAUGUAUUGCCUUUCCUACUUUAAAACAAGUUUACAGUAAAGAAUUUUAUGUCCUUGGUGCCUGCUGUGGUCGUGCUUUUGUAGAUGGUUAUACAAUGGAUAUUGAUUUACUUCCUAUAGUUUGGCCUUUUAUUCGUUCACAAUCAUACUCUCCAGAGUUGUACUGGCGUGUUCUCUCUGAGUUAGAACCUGCUUUAACCAACUCGUACAAUCAUUUACUAAACUCUACGGAUGAGGAGUUGGCCGAGAUGGGAAUUGAGCAGGAUGAACACGGUACCCUCUUAACGGCAUCUACUGCCAAGGCGUAUGUGCAGCGGUGUGUGGAGGAACACUUGACGCAUGCCUUAAUGAACCUUCACUGGUUUUCGCUUGGUCUCUGCGGUGUGGUGGACCCCCGCGCCUUCCUGCUGCUCACGGAUGAGGAGAUGAGUGUUGUGCUGUGCGGCUCCAGCGGCCCGGACGACGGCAGCGAGCGUCUCUUUGGUGAGGCGGCACUGCGGGCGGCGUUGGUGGAGGCGCACGGCUACGCGGCGGGCUCGCGGGAAGUCGGAAUGUUCGCCGCGAUCGUCGGCGGGGAGUUCACGCGGGAGCAGCAGCGGCUCUUCCUCGAGUUCCUCACCGGCAGCCCCCGCCUGCCACUCAACGGCCUCGCCGGCCUCGCGCGGAAGAUCACGGUGGUGCGCAAAGAACUCGAGGGCCGCGGCGAACAGACACUCCCCUCCUGCAAUACCUGUUUUCUCUACUUUAAACUACCGCCAUACUCCACUCACGACAUUAUGAAGGAACGGCUACUCACCGCCAUCACAGAGGGAAGACAAAACUUUAGCUUGUCGUAA